AUGGGUUUAAAUAUUAAUUUUAAAGAAUUAUCAAAAGAAUAUUUAGUAUCUUUAAGAUUUCAAUUAGCAAUUUUUACUUUGGUAGGAUUUGCUGUUUCCGAAAGUAUCAAUGUAACUUAUGUAGAAAGUUUUAAAAAUAAAGCAGAUGAAACCUAUAGUAAAAUUCCAGGGUUAAAUGGAAUGUCAAGAGAUAAAGCAAAUAAAAUUGAGCAAUAUGUAUUAGGAGUAUUUGAUACUUUGUUAUUUGGUUUUGGUAUUAGUUUUUUAAUUGCCGCCGGUACCAGAGUAUUUGAAAUUAAAAAUAAAUUAUUAAAAAAGAGAAUGAUUGGUAGUUGGAUAGCUAUUAGUUUCUUUUGUAUAUCAUGGUGGCCUCAUUCAACUGCUCAUAAUUUAAUUAUGUUAUCUUCAAAAGAUCCAACUGAUAAUUUUAUUAUUAUGGAAGUUUGUUUCCACUGGACUUUAAUGGCAUGUGCAUGUUUCCUUUCAUAUUUUCAAUACGAUUUAAUGAAAUUAAUGUAUGAAGUUGUUAUGAUGAGAAAGAAAAUGGCCUCUGGUAAAGAUUCAAAUCCUCUUUAUGGAUCUUUUAAAAAGAAUAUCAAUGUACACGGAUUUUUAAUAUCCCUUGUACUCUUUGCUGUUUGUAUGGUUUUAAUGUUUAUUUUAAAUCCAAUCGAUAAAAAUUUAAAAACCUAUCAAAAGUUUUUCCAUAUUACAUUUCAUAUUGUAGAUUCAGCAUUAUCAAGUCUUGGAUUUGGUUUUGCUUAUAUUAUGAUUAGAAUCAUUACUCAUUUACCAAGUAAUAAAGGUAGAACAGUUGCAAUCGUAUCAACUGUUUGUAUUUGGUUUAAUUUUAUGAUUCAAGUUCCACAUCCAUUAGUACAUUUAAAGGCACCAUUGACAAUGGAUUCAUUAUUAAUUAUUGAUUAUUGUGUUCAUAUUCCAAUUAUGGUUACAACUGGAAUAUUAGCAUUUUAUCAAUUCAGAAUGUUAGAGUUGGCAACUGAUAAGAAAUCUACUUUAGCAAUUGCAACAAGAAUGAGAAAAGGAUCUAAAUCUAUCAGUCAAAAUACUUUUGGAGAAAGUAAAGCUUCUGCUUCUUUAACUGCUUCUCAUGGUGCUUUAGGUAAUUCCGCUAUGGGAGAUAGUAAAGGAUUAGAUAUUAGCAUUGAAAUGAAUGAACUUGAUGCCUCUAAAGAACAUAGAGAUAUAAUUGAAAGCAGUGUUGAAGGUAGCUCAAAUAGUGGUGCUACACCCCCAUCCAUCGAAGAAAUAGUAGUGGCUCAAGAAAUUUCUGGUCCGAUAGACUUGGAUUAA